GGAGCUACCCGGUGUGGGAAGACUUCAUCAACAAAGCGGGAAAGCUGCAGUCCCAGCUUCGGACAACAGUAGUAGCGGCAGCUGCCUUCCUGGACGCCUUUCAGAAAGUGGCCGACAUGGCGACCAGCACCCGUGGUGGCACCCGGGAGAUCGGCUCCGCUCUGACCAGGAUGUGCAUGCGACACAGAAGCAUAGAAACCAAGCUGAGGCAGUUCUCCAGUGCUUUGAUUGAUUGUCUGAUAAACCCCCUACAAGAACAGAUGGAAGAAUGGAAGAAAGUGGCCAACCAGCUGGAUAAAGACCACGCGAAAGAAUAUAAAAAAGCUCGCCAAGAGAUAAAGAAGAAGUCCUCAGAUACGCUGAAGCUGCAGAAGAAAGCCAAGAAAGUGGACGUGCUUGGCAGGGGUGAUAUCCAGCCGCAGCUGGACAGUGCGCUCCAGGAUGUCAACGAUAAGUAUCUUCUAUUGGAAGAAACAGAAAAGCAGGCUGUCCGGAAGGCCUUGAUAGAAGAACGCGGCCGGUUCUGCACUUUCAUCUCCAUGCUGCGGCCAGUGAUUGAAGAAGAAAUCUCAAUGUUAGGGGAAAUCACUCACCUUCAGACCAUAUCGGAAGAUCUGAAGAGCCUGACCAUGGACCCACACAAACUGCCCUCUUCAAGUGAACAGGUGAUUUUGGACUUGAAAGGUUCUGAUUACAGUUGGUCAUACCAGACACCUCCCUCGUCCCCCAGCACCACCAUGUCCCGCAAGUCAAGCGUCUGCAGCAGCCUGAACAGCGUCAACAGCAGCGACUCCCGGUCCAGCGGCUCCCACUCUCACUCCCCCAGCUCCCACUACCGCUACCGCAGCUCCAACCUGGCCCAGCAGGCGCCCGUGCGGCUCUCCAGCGUGUCCUCCCACGACUCAGGGUUCAUGUCCCAGGACGCCUUCCAGUCCAAGUCGCCGUCCCCCAUGCCGCCAGAGGCCCCCAGCCAGUUGUCUAACGGGUUUUCUCACUAUAGUUUAUCAAGUGAGUCCCAUGGGGGGCCCGUGGGGGCAAGCCUUUCCCCUCAUUGCCUGCCUGCCUCCCGCCUGCUCCCUCGGGUCACCUCUGCCCACCUUCCAGACUACGCUCAUUAUUACACCAUCGGGCCCGGCAUGUUCCCGUCAUCUCAAAUCCCUAGCUGGAAGGACUGGGCCAAGCCAGGACCUUACGAUCAGCCUCUGGUGAACACCCUCCAGCGCCGUAAGGAGAAGCGGGAGCCGGACCCCAGUGGCGGAGGGCCCGCUGCCAUGGGUGGCGUCCCCGCAGCUGCCGAAGAGGCUCAGAGACCACGGAGCAUGACCGUGUCGGCUGCUGCCAGGCCUGGGGAGGAGAUGGAGGCUUGCGAGGAGCUGGCCCUGGCCCUGGCCCGGGGCCUGCAGCUGGACACCCAGAGGAGCAGCCGGGACUCGCUGCAGUGCUCCAGCGGCUACAGCACCCAGACCACCACCCCAUGCUGCUCCGAGGACACCAUCCCCUCCCAAGUUUCAGAUUAUGAUUAUUUCUCUGUAAGUGGUGAUCAGGAAGCAGAUCAGCAGGAGUUUGACAAAUCCUCCACCAUCCCGAGAAACAGCGACAUCAGCCAGUCCUACCGACGGAUGUUCCAGGCCAAGCGCCCAGCCUCAACUGCUGGCCUCCCCACCACCCUCGGACCUGCUGUGGUCACCCCAGGGGUUGCAACCAUCCGACGGACCCCUUCCACCAAGCCUUCUGUCCGCCGGGGGACCAUCGGAGCUGCUCCUAUCCCCAUCAAGACGCCUGUGAUCCCUGUCAAGACCCCGACCGUCCCAGACCUCCCUGGGGUGUUGCCUGCCCCUCCAGACGGGGCAGAGGAGCGGGGUGAGCACAGCCCCGAGUCUCCAUCUGUGGGUGAGGGCCCCCAAGGUGUCACCAGCAUGCCCUCCUCAAUGUGGAGUGGCCGAGCCUCCGUCAACCCUCCUCUUCCAGGCCUGAAGCCAAGUAUCCCUGAGGAACACAGACAGGCGAUUCCAGAAAGCGAGGCUGAAGACCAGGAAAGGGACCCCGCAAGUGCCACCGCCGCCCCCGGCCAGGUUCCAGAGGGCGACCCUGCAGACCUGAGCCCCAGAGAUAGCCCGCAAGGAGAAGACAUGCUGAACGCCAUCCGAAGGGGCGUGAAACUGAAGAAGACCGUGACGAACGACCGCUCAGCCCCUCGCUUCUCCUAGGCACGCCCCGACGCCGCCAGGGGGAGCUGCCUCACUACUCAGACCUGCUUCGUCGCGAUCCAUUCCAAUCUGUGAUCAAACGAGAUUUUGUAGGCCAACCGAGAAUACAGCUCUUUUGAAAGUACUCAACACCUUUAGAUAAGAAUUAAAAGCUACAUAUGUAACUGACAUAAUCCUGAUCUUUUAAUUUGUAAAUACUGACAGUUUUCUUUCUGCACAUUUUAAUCUUAGUUUCCCUUUUGAUUUUUCUGAAGGUGCCAAAUUCCAUUUAACUUUUUUACAAGUCUUUGUAAAAUUUUAAAUGCAAGGGGAGGGGGGUUGGGAUAGGGAAUCUCGAAGUAGUUAAUUUCAGAAAAAGGAUAACUGUACUUUUUCUUUUCUCUUUUUUUCUGCAAGCUUUUGUAGCUGCAUUGUAGUAGUCUGGCUUAGAAGCAAAUUCAAGUUAUUUUAAUGUACACACAAGAAAUAAGGGGAUAAGGGGUAAAAUCUUCCUUUACAAUUCUAUGUUCUGGAUGAAAAGAGCAGGACUAACAAUUGAUGAGCAAUAUUCUGGAAAAUGGUAGACUGUGUUGGGCUGGGGGGGCGGGCCGAGGGAGGGGCACACUGUCAGCAUAGCCAAUCCUGUUACCUUUAAGAGUAGCCUUGUAAGUUGAAUUUCUAGUAGCUUCCUGGUAAAUGCAUCCGAGUAAGCCAUGCUGGAUCGCAGUGCUUGUUUCUGUAGGUGUUUAAGGACUUCCUUUCUCCGAUUCCUCUUGACCGCACACAGCACCCACCUCCAGCCCCAUGCAUGCUGCCGCCCUUGGGUAGGCAUAGGAACCUCACACUUCUGUUUCUCAUCUGUUGUACCCACCUUUCUCGAAUCCAAAUACAUCCAAAAGGAUAAGGCAGUUUUUUAAAAUGUGAAUUUAAAUAAGACAGCAGGGAAUUCUUAGAUAUAGCAAAUGCCUUUUACUUAACUGUGCCCAGCAGGCUGGGCAUGUUAAAAAGCCCAAAUAUUUUGGAAAAAAAAAAAAAAAAAAACAACUCAAGCGGAUCUCACAAGGGUAGCCAGCUUGGAGUCUAGCAACUUGCCAACGUGUUUACCAAUCUGGGGGCUUGUUUUUCUACCUUCUUUUAAAUAAAUGGCAGUUAAUUGGCUUCAUACUAAACAUUGAAGAGAGGAUGAUUUAUUUAUUGUCACUGGGAAUCUGACCAUGAUGCUGUCCCUUUUUUUUUGGAUUUUAGGUAAUGUUUUUGGAAUGGAUUUAUGUCUUUUAAGUGGAAGUUAAAUUUGCUAUAAUACCCAUCCCCUAAUGCCAACAGAGAUUUGUAGGCUUGAAGACAAAUGUGCUGAAGACAGCCAGCUGCUUAGCAGUCGGGUCAGCUGAACGUGUGUAUUUGUGACGGAAUCUCUCCAGGAAUGGUUUGCUGGGCCCCGCAGACCCCGCAGCUCCUGUUGGCCCUAGUCUUCAGUGACAUAAUCUUAUGCUUUAAUACAUAACUGCAUUGGAUGUGAGAGUAACGCACCUGUAUAGCUGUUGUUCUAUAUAUAAACACUUAACACUGCUGUGAUUGCUCAAGAACAUUUUAUGUUCCGGCUUUAAAGCAAAGGCAUGAUUAUUAGAAACUAUUUAAGCUUUUUUUCUUUGAAAAACAAGCUCCUUUUACAGAAUAUAAGCAACAGUAGUGCCUGCGGUUUAGCCCACCAAUCUGAUGACUAACAGUAGCUGAUGCAUUGUGCAUAUGACGCUUGAGAUGGUUUUUGCUAAAGCAGAAAUCACUGCAAGGUGAUCACAAUAAAUAAAAGUGGUAUUUUAAACCUUUGAAAUAAAUGGAUGUAACUGUACCUUGGUACAGCUUUUCACUUGUUUAGUUUUUAAACGUUAGUAAUAAUCUGAAUAAAUUUAAUAUAAAAUGUUGCCAAAUUCAAUGUAGACAGAAUGUGACAAAACACCCUGGGUAGUUCUGUUUGUGUUUUUGCAUAUUGUAAAAGCAGUGUCACAGCUAAAAAUAAAGAAUUGUUUCUAAAGGUAAAUUAUUGUGGUUUAGUUGCUAGUUUGUAUGAGAGUUGACCUCUCCUGUGCAGUUUUUUGUUCUUAACUUGUAUAAAUAACUACUGUGUAAUGUGUCUCCCCCUUCUACCUUGUAACAGUUGCUUCAGCCUACAUUAUAAAUAAAGAACCACUAGAAAAAAGUCAUCCUGUACUUCAA